UGCAUAUACCAUAACACCCAAAUAAACCCUAAUAACACUCCCGUCUCUUUUCUUCUUCCCCUCAUCGUUCUUGUUCUCUCUCUUCCUUCUUCCUUUUUCCCUUUCUCUUCUCCCUCACUUUCGCCUUCUCGGCUUUCGUCUUCGAUUUCUUCAUUCUAUUCUAAGCUAACCCAAACCCAAUUUCAUUGGAGUCUACUCGAUUCCGGCGAUCAACUUCAUCUUCUUCUUCUGAUUCGUAAGAGGUGGGGUCUGUGUAUGUGUAUGCUUUUUUUAUGCUAUUCAAUUACAUUACAGAGACAAUUGCAAUGGGACUGGAGGAGAACAUGGUAGCGCAGCCACCUGAAGGUUUCAUGAUGUAUGCAAUGGUGGAUGCAUUGCUUGAGGCUGCCAGAUAUGACGAUAUUGAUGAUCUUCAGUGCAUAGAAUCAAGUGGGGUUUCUCUGGAUUCCAAGGAUUUGGAAGGCCGCACAGCACUACACAUGGCUUCAGCAAAUGGGCAUCUUGACAUGGUCGACUAUCUUAUCAACCGUGGAGUGGAUGUCAAUGCUUGCAAUGCCGAGAGGAACACUCCUCUUCACUGGGCUUGUCUGAAUGGCCACAAGGAGGUUAUCAGACGUCUGAUUCUUGGUGGAGCCAGUAUCUCAUCUCUCAACAGCCAUGAAAGAACUCCAAUGGAUGAGGCCAUCGCCCAGGGGAAGAUGGAGGCAGUGGAUGCCAUUAAUGAAGCUGCUGCUCAUCUUGAACUUUCUGGUGUUACAUCCAUACUCCACGGACGCUGCAGGCCCGCUGCCGCGCCUGAGAGCACGAACAAUGGCUCGUUAAUAGAAGCCCAUUUCUGUCUGUCCAAGCUUUCUCUCUCCUCUGUAGAUAAGAUUGUAACACACUGA